AUGUGUGAUGCUAGUGGGGUUGCACUUGGUGUGGUAUUAGGGAGCUAUACUAUAAUUGAACAGGAGCUUCUUGCAGUGGUGUUCUCAUUCAAAAAAUUUGCUCCUAUUUGCCUUGCACGAAGAUUUAGCACACUGAUGGCCAUUAUUAGUGAUGGUGGUUCUCACUUUUGUAAUAAGUUGUUCAAAGGGCUACUGAAGAAAAAUGGGGCCCGCCAUAGUCUUGCUACUCCUUACCAUCCACAGACUACCGGGCAAGUAGAGGUGUCCAAUCGAGAGAUCAAGAAAAUUCUGGUGAAAAGGGUGAAUGCAAAUAGUAUGGAUUGGUUAAGGAGACUUGAUGAUACUUUUUGUGCCUACCACAUAGAAUACAAGACUCCCAUAGGUAUAUCUCUAUACCAACUUAUAUAUGGGAAGGCUUGUCAAUUGCCGGUCGAGUUAGAGCAUAAAGCGAUGUGGCAAAUGACGAUGGAUUGGACUGAAGAAGUAAAACAAAGAUUAAAUGGGUUGAAUGAGCUUGAUGAUUUUGGCCUCAAGGCCUAUGAAAGUUCAGCCAUCUACAAAUAG